AUGUAUGGGUUGAAAUAUGACAAGUACAGAAUGAAAUUAACGCGAGCAAGACACAUAGGUGCAACGAGCUGGGCAUCGCCAUGCUACAAGGGGCCAGAGAGUUGCAGCAAGGGACGGCAGACUGAGAAGAGAAAGCGGGCUGCCGUAGCAAGGCCUGAGCACACGGCAGCAAGGCGUGAGCUCACUGCAGCAACGCGUGAGCUCACUGCAACAACGCGUGAGCUCACUGCAGCAAGGCGUGAGCUCACUGCAGCAACGCGUGAGCUCACUGCAGCAAGGCGUGAGCUCACUGCAGCAAGGCGUGAGCUCACUGCAGCAAGGCGUGAGCUCACUGCAGCAACGCGUGAGCUCACUGCAGCAACGCGUGAGCUCACUGCAGCAAGGCGAGAGCUCACUACAGCAAGGCGUGAGCUCACUGCAGCAAAGCGUGAGCUCACUGCAGCAAGGCGUGAGCUCACUGCAGAAAGGCGUGAGCUCACUGCAGCAAGGCGUGAGCUCACUGCAGCAAGGCGUGAGCUCACUGCAGCAAGGCGUGAGCUCACUGCAGCAACGCGUGAGCUCACUGCAGCAAGGCGUGAGCUCACUGCAGCAACGCGUGAGCUCACUGCAGCAACGCGUGAGCUCACUGCAGCAACGCGUGAGCUCACUGCAGCAACGCGUGAGCUCACUGCAGCAAGGCGAGAGCUCACUACAGCAAGGCGUGAGCUCACUGCAGCAAAGCGUGAGCUCACUGCAGCAAGGCGUGAGCUCACUGCAGCAAGGCGUGAGCUCACUGCAGCAAGGCGUGAGCUCACUGCAGCAAGGCGUGAGCUCACUGCAGCAAGGCGUGAGCUCACUGCAGCAACGCGUGAGCUCACUGCAGCAACGCGUGAGCUCACUGCAGCAAGGCGUGAGCUCACUGCAGCAAGGCGUGAGCUCACUGCAGCAACGCGUGAGCUCACUGCAGCAACGCGUGAGCUCACUGCAGCAAGGCGUGAGCUCACUGCAGCAAGGCGUGAGCUCACUGCAGCAAGGCGUGAGCUCACUGCAGCAAGGCGUGAGCUCACUGCAGCAAGGCGUGAGCUCACUGCAGCAAGGCGUGAGCUCACUGCAGCAAGGCGUGAGCUCACUGCAGCAACGCGUGAGCUCAAUGCAGCAACGCGUGAGCUCACUGCAGCAAGGCGUGAGCUCACUGCAGCAACGCGUGAGCUCACUGCAGCAAAGCGUGAGCUCACUGCAGCAACGCGUGAGCUCACUGCAGCAACGCGUGAGCUCACUGCAGCAACGCGUGAGCUCACUGCAGCAAGGCGUGAGCUCACUGCAGCAAGGCGUGAGCUCACUGCAGCAAGGCGUGAGCUCACUGCAGCAAGGCGUGAGCUCACUGCAGCAAGGCGUGAGCUCACUGCAGCAAGGCGUGAGCUCACUGCAGCAAGGCGUGAGCUCACUGCAGCAAGGCGUGAGCUCACUGCAGCAAGGCGUGAGCUCACUGCAGCAAGGCGUGAGCUCACUGCAGCAACGCGUGAGCUCACUGCAGCAACGCGUGAGCUCACUGCAGCAACGCGUGAGCUCACUGCAGCAAGGCGUGAGCUCACUGCAGCAAGGCGUGAGCUCACUGCAGCAAGGCGUGAGCUCACUGCAGCAAGGCGUGAGCUCACUGCAGCAAGGCGUGAGCUCACUGCAGCAAGGCGUGAGCUCACUGCAGCAAGGCGUGAGCUCACUGCAGCAAGGCGUGAGCUCACUGCAGCAAGGCGUGAGCUCACUGCAGCAAGGCGUGAGCUCACUGCAGCAACGCGUGAGCUCACUGCAGCAACGCGUGAGCUCACUGCAGCAAGGCGUGAGCUCACUGCAGCAACGCGUGAGCUCACUGCAGCAACGCGUGAGCUCACUGCAGCAACGCGUGAGCUCACUGCAGCAACGCGUGAGCUCACUGCAGCAACGCGUGAGCUCACUGCAGCAAGGCGUGAGUUCACUGCAGCAACGCGUGAGUUCACUGCAGCAAGGCGUGAGCUCACUGCAGCAAGGCGUGAGCUCACUGCAGCAAGGCGUGAGCUCACUGCAGCAAGGCGUGAGCUCACUGCAGCAAGGCGUGAGCUCACUGCAGCAAGGCGUGAGCUCACUGCAGCAAGGCGUGAGCUCACUGCAGCAAGGCGUGAGCUCACUGCAGCAAGGCGUGAGCUCACUGCAGCAACGCGUGAGCUUACUGCAGCAACGCGUGAGCUCACUGCAGCAAGGCGUGAGCUCACUGCAGCAACGCGUGAGCUCACUGCAGCAAGGCGUGAGCUCACUGCAGCAAGGCGUGAGCUCACUGCAGCAAGGCGUGAGCUCACUGCAGCAAGGCGUGAGCUCACUGCAGCAAGGCGUGAGCUCACUGCAGCAAGGCGUGAGCUCACUGCAGCAAGGCGUGAGCUCACUGCAGCAAGGCGUGAGCUCACUGCAGCAAGGCGUGAGCUCACUGCAGCAAGGCGUGAGCUCACUGCAGCAAGGCGUGAGCUCACUGCAGCAAGGCGUGAGCUCACUGCAGCAACGCGUGAGCUCACUGCAGCAACGCGCGGCAGCGCGUUAGGCGCCAGCGCGCAAGGCGCCAGCGCGCAAGGCGCCAGCUCGCUAGGCGCCAGUGCGCAAGGCGCCAGCGCGCAAGGCGCCAGCGCGCAAGGCGCCAACGCGGUAGGCGCCAGCGCGCAAGGCGCCAGCGCGGUUGGCGCCAGCGCGCAAGGCGCCAACGCGCAAGGCGCCAGCGCGGUUGGCGCCAGCGCGGUAGGCGCCAGCGCGGUAGGCGCCAGCGCGCAAGGCGCCAGCGCGCAAGGCGCCAACGCGCAAGGCGCCAGCGCGCUAGGCGCCAGCGCGCUAGGCGCCAGCGCGCAAGGCGCCAGCGCGCAAGGCGCCAGCGCGCAAGGCGCCAGCGCGCAAGGCGCCAGCGCGCAAGGCGCCAGCGCGCAAGGCGCCAGCGCGCAAGGCGCCAGCGCGCAAGGCGCCAGCGCGCAAGGCGCCAGCGCGCUAGGCGCCAGCGCGCAAGGCGCCAGCGCGGUAGGCGCCAGCGCGCAAGGCGCCAGCGCGCAAGGCGCCAGCGCGCUAGGCGCCAGCGCGCAAGGCGCCAGCGCGCAAGGCGCCAGCGCGCAAGGUGCCAGCGCGCAAGGCGCUAGCGCGGUAGGCGCCAGCGCGCAAGGCGCCAGCGCGGUAGGCGCCAGCGCGGUAGGCGCCAGCGCGGUAGGCGCCAGCGCGCAAGGCGCCUGCGCGCAAGGCGCCAGCGCGCAAGUCGCCAGCGCGCUAGGCGCCAGCGCAAUGCUAAGACGAAACCAAUUGGCACAGGGAACUUUCGAAGAAAGUAGAAAACAUAGGAAAUUUCGGGCGGAGGAGGGAGGUAAAAAGGUCCGGGAAACGUAA